UCGCCCUGUUUCCGAGGAUGCAGGGAGCUGAGCUGAAGCAGCAGCACACCAUAACAGCCUUACAGUGGGACCGCCAUUACAGGCUUGCUGUGCCGAACCGUUUCUCUGCAGCGGCAGCAGAAAGCGAUUUCACAAGGAAACAAGAUCGAAGCCGUUGUUCUCCGGAACUUGAAUAUCUGAACAGGGACGUUGAACGUUGAGCUUGUGUAUGUUUUUCAGGACCAAUGCUGAAGAGCGUCGUUCAUAGAGAUUUUAGUGCGAGGAGAGGAUCGGCGUCUUUUGCUCCUAAUUCGGAUCCUCGAUGCUGCCUUGAGAUGGAUGCGCGAAGUCCAGGCGGCGACUCUGCUUUUCCAUUGCACUCCCUUCCUGACGAGCUCCUGCUGCAAUGUCUAGCUCGCGUUUCCUCCGAAUCUGACCCCGGGUGCCUGCGACUCCGCGGGGUUUGCGGAAAAUGGCGGAGAUUGCUGGCGUCGGACAGUUUCUUGGAUCUCAGACGCCAGUUGGGGAGAUCGACGGAGUGGCUGGUGACUUUGACCCGGCGGAUAGAAGGAGGGCUGCUCUGCAAGCUGUUCGAUUCCUUCACCAACAAGUGCCAGAGACUACCGUGCUCGUUCAACGGUCUUCCUCCAUCCCGCCAAUAUUUCGGAGUGACUUCGGUUAACCAUACCAUUUACGUAAUCGGAGGACAGACCAUAGACCACACAGGCCCUAUGGCUGACCUAACCUUCUCCGCUUCAGUCGACUCCUAUAACCCGCUGACCAACCAAUCAGCGUCGCUUCCUCCCCUCCGAACUCCGCGGAGCAGAUUCGCGUGUUGCGCCUCUUCUGACGCGGUUUUCGUUAUCGGAGGUGUUACUAACGCGUAUGAGGUGCUUUCCUCCAUCGAGGUGUUUGACUUAAAACGAGGCUGCUGGCUCCAAGCAUCAAGUCUGCCAGAACCCAGACAGGGAGCCCAUGCUCAGGUCAUUGGGAACCGGCUCUACGUUCUUGGGGGUUGUUCAUCCCCAUUAGAGGACACUGAACCUAACUACACGCUGUUCGUGUGCGAGAUUCCGGUUAUCAGUAGCAGCACCAGCAGCACUAGCAGCAGCAGCUCAAUUGUAACAUCCAGCAGCAGUCGCAGUCAAAGCACCGCCAUCAGCGGUUCUAUCCUUAACACCCGACAGACUCAACACAGUAUAUGCUUGGAGUGGAGGGAAGCUGCUAGUCUGCCUGUUCCCCGAACCGGAUUCCAGACCACUGUGCUUCACAACAGGCUCUGUGUGAUCGGAGGCGCUCCAUCCGAGCCUGAUGAGCAGCAAGCAACAAGAGGCGGCGUGGCCGGAGGGAGGGGAUGGGGAGAUGUUUCAGGAAGAUGGGUGUGUUUCAAUUACCCUCUCGUGUAUGAUUCUGAGACGGAUGAGUGGAAGCUGUGGAGGCAGGGUCAGAGGAGGUUCCAGUUUGACUCUACCAUUGAUCUUUACAUGUCGGAUGCCUAUUCCUCUCCCCGUCCGUUGACUCCUCCACCUCUCUCUCCACCUUCCCUUCGGCCAAUCAGAGGCGCCGAGCACCGGCUAAUGUGCCGGCAUCCAGCAUGUUCUGGUUACCAGCAGAGGGGUUAUGCAUGUGUGGCACUUAAUGGGGACCUGUUUCUGGUGAGGCGAUGCGAUCAGGGCAGGAACAGCUACUGCAGGCACAUCCAUAAAUUCGACCCCUCACAGGCAAAUUCAGGGUAUGGAGCUGCAUGGAAGUGCAUACAGCGAACGCGGGCUUACUCGUCACUACUGACUGAAGCUGGAGACUGCUGGGAACAUUCUGUUGCAAUAGCCAUUGUUUGCUGAUGUACUUACCAGUCUGAUUGCUGACUUUUGACUUGACUGUUCCUCAGAUAUGGGGCUGCAUGUAUGUGUAAAGAGGGCACAACUUAGCUUCAGUGGGCAGAUGCUUGUGGUUUUGGCAGGUCUUCCGUUUUUGCAACAAGACGUGCAGAAAGAUGC